AAGCCCGGUGUUUGAAUAAAAAAAAAGCAGAACGAUAUAAACUAUUCAAUUAAUUUUUAUGUAACAUUGAACUUAAAUUAAGAUAAGCUUUUAAUUUGUUGUUCGGUGCUAAUAGUUUGAACGACGCGUUUUUGAUCGUACUGGAUUUUGCAACUCUAUCUAUACAUUUUUAAACGAUCGACGCUCUAUAGUUUCGUGGUAUAACUAGAGCGGAGUGUGUUUCUUUCAAAAUUCGUUUUCAAGUUAUUUUGCGUGGACUCAAUAGUUUUUUGGAUAAAAUGGAGAACAUAACUAAAAUGUGGAUGGGUCCACUACCAGCGGAUUCACCUUACGUGAAACCAUUUAGAUUAUACUAUGUACAGAAUGGUGUCGAAAAGAAUUGGGAUUUAUUAAAAGUUCAUGAUAGUGUUGCUGUAAUUUUGUUCAACACGACACGACGAGUUUUAGUUUUCGUUCGCCAAUUUAGACCAGCUGUCUUUCAUAGCGUCGUUACCGCAAGCGGGAGCGAUGUUGGUGAAGUAGAUUUGCAAAAAUUUCCUCCAAAAAUCGGAGUCACAUUAGAACUGUGUGCAGGUAUUGUGGAUAAAAACAAGAGUUGGCGGGAGAUUGCUCGUGAAGAGGUAUUAGAGGAGUGUGGUUAUGACGUUGCUGUUGAACGUAUUGAGGAAGUGUUGACCUACAGGUCGGGUGUAGGUGCUUCUGGCGCAUCUCAGGUGCUGUAUUAUUGUGAAGUUACGGAUGAAGAUCGGGCUACUAAAGGUGGUGGUGUAGACGAUGAGCUGAUUGAUGUGGUUGAGUAUACAGUUGAGGAGUCUAGAGAGUUAAUAAAACAAGGGGCAAAGAUAAAUAGUCCACCUAGUUGUCUCUUUGGAAUAAGUUGGUUUUUAUUGAAUAAAGCACCAAAUCUUGUAUAUCCUAGCAAAUAUUAAAAUGAAACAUGGAAUGAAAAAGAAACCAACAACAAAAAGAUGCAAAUCAUUAAUUCUAUAAUUCUGCAGGGUUUUAUAGACUUUGUUAAAUUCCACAAAAUAUAUUAUAAUUCAAUGCAAAAUAUGUAAACUUAUACAGAUCUUAAUUAAAUUGCAUCUUUAAUUAAGUAAUUUGAAAGGUAUUAUUAAUAAAAAAUAUGAAAAAUCCAUAAAAUGAAUUAAUCUAAAACUAUUGAAUACUAUUGGGUUCUUUAAGAACCAAAUUUCGGAAUGCCAUAGCUAAAUUUGAAAUCUCACAAACUUAUUGGUAUGCUACAUAUAUGUAAAUUUAUUUUGUUUUAAAAAUUAUUAUUUUUAUUGUUUUAGUGUAUAGGCUAUGUAUAAGGUUCCUUUGUCAGUAAAGGUUAUGGGCUGUUAUAUUUAAUUAAAAAUCCAAAUAAAUAAUUUUAAAUUAUACAAAAUUUACUACUAUA